CAUAUAAACACAACCUUGAUAAAGUACAGGUCAAUAUCUAGAAUUUGGUUCAUAAACCAUUGUGUUUAGACUGUACCAUAGCUCGAUUCAUUAAGAUGUUCGGACAUUAUGAUUUUGUGGUUUGACACAGAUAACAGACGACCACAUAUUUUGGAAUGUUUAAAGUGAUGCUUGCGGAAGGACUCCGGAUGGUGAUUUCCGAUGAAGGGAUCGCCACAGUAUAUAUGAUUAACGGAGAAAACCGUUUCCGGAUGUCGUUUGUAAAAGCAUGGAGUCGAAUAUUGGAUGAAGUCGAAAAGAAUCAAGAUAUUAAAGGCCUCAUUAUAACUGGUCAUGAGAAAAUCUUUAGCCUCGGGUUGGACGUGACCUACUUUGCAACACAGUCUCCGGAAUAUGUGACGACUACGAGAACAGCUAUAGCAAAACUGUACCAGCGGCUUCUGUUUCUACCGAUCCCCACUGUUGCAGCUAUAAAUGGACAUGCCUUUGGCGCCGGAGCGUUCUUGGCCGUCAUGUGUGAUUAUCGCGUGAUGAAUGCGGAUCGAGGAUGGAUUUGCUGGCCUGAAGUGACGUUGGAAAUGAGGCUUAUGCCCCAGUCUCUCGAACUAAUAAGAGUUAAAAUACCACUUGGAAAGGCAACACGAGACGCAAUACUCUUUGGACAAAACUUAACCGGACCCGAGGCGCACGAUUUGCGAAUUGUUGACGCUAUAACGGACUCGGCCCAUCUGGAGAUGGAAGCUUUGAGCUUUAUCAAAGAGACUCUUGGGAAGACUGGACUUGAUCGACAAGCUUUGCAGCAGGCUAAGAAGGAUGUUCAUGGUUAUGCAAUAUCCGAAUCGUCCAAAUUAUGACACAGGGAUUUCAUUUUUUUGUUAUAGUCACUGUUUUAUUUAUGUUUUUAUGAAUAUAAAUGUGAAAAUUAAA